GCAAUUUACACGCAGCCAACUACUGCGACACCCACAGAUUUUUCAAUGCCCGUCACUAGGAGGACCAUGGGAGGUUGAAACCAGGCCACUCCAUAUGGCUAUAACAAACUGUCCCGCAAUCCUUCUUCGAUAAACCUGGGAACGUCAUGUUACCCGACAGAAACGCCCGCUCUCCGUCCCCAUCGCCGCAAUCACCGGCGCAACAACAUGAGUUAUCCGCCUCCGAUGCCACCCAGCAGGACAUCUCCCGCACGAGGUCCGAUCAUGCAUGUUACGCCAGUCCGGGUGCGGCCGACUCUGCACUCGAUGGGACGAACUUUACACUCCGAGGUGUGCUGGUGGGAACGGGCAUUGGCAUUAUAAUAUGUUUCUCAAAUACAUACUUCGGUCUUCAAACCGGAUGGGUGUCAGGCAUGGCCAUGCCCGCAUCGCUGAUAGGGUUUGCUAUAUUCAAGGCGUUAUCACCGUAUCUGGCACUUCCAUUUACACCAGUGGAGAACGUGUUGGUACAGACAGUCGCCGGAGCCGUGGGAACCAUGCCAUUAGGCCUGGGCUUCGUUGGUGUUAUGCCCAGUUUAGAAUUCCUGUUGAAGAAGAGCGAGGGUGCCCCAAUAGAUCUUGGCAUAUGGAGGCUAUUCAUCUGGGGCGUGGGAUUGUGCCUCUUUGGUGUGGUCUUUGCUGUACCGCUGAGGAAACAGGUCAUCAUUCGAGAGCGGCUCAAAUUUCCCAGCGGCACUGCGACGGCACUCAUGAUCAGUGUUUUGCACGGUGGUGCCAAAAGUGACGAGGCCAAAGGUCGAGAAAUCAGUACACAAGGGACAGAGGAACGUGAAGAGCUUCUCACUGAGAACGAGAGAGACGACGCCGACAGUACAGCCAACGAGCGCGAUGUACGAACUGACUGGAAGAAACAGAUUCGACUUCUCCUUCUGGCCUUUACUGGAUCUGGGUCCUACACUCUACUUCAAUACUUCCUGCCUAUCCUACACAAACUCCCCAUCUUUGGUACCUACCUUGCCAACACAUGGGUUUGGACACUGAAUCCCUCCCCAGCAUACGUCGGUCAAGGCAUUAUCAUGGGUCCGGCAACAACCUUCCACAUGCUUCUCGGCGCCAUUGUCGGAUGGGCAAUCCUAAGCCCCAUAGCUAAACAUAAAGGCUGGGCUCCAGGUUCCGUUGACGACUGGGAGACGGGAAGCAAAGGCUGGAUUGUCUGGGUGAGUUUGGCCAUCAUGCUCGCCGAUGCGGUUGUCAACUUGGGCUGGCUGAUCCUCCGACCGACUUUGAUCCAUGGUCCGGACUGGAUCCACUCUGCCCAACAACAUUACCAGCACAGCGACUCCUGGUUUGACUUUCUCUUCGGCCACAAGAUGGCCGGCUAUCUCGCUCUGAAAUCCCCCCAUUCCGCCAACUUCGAACCAGUAAAGUCUCAAUCGGACGAUCCUCCCGAUGACGCACCUCUCCACCAUCUCAUCUCCGGGCGCACUGUGAUGAUUUUGCUUCCUGUAACGCUUCUCCUCUGUGUGCUCUGCAUCCACGUCACAUUCGGCAGCUACAUUCCCAUUGGCCUAAACAUCCUCGCCAUGCUUCUCGCAUGCAUCCUUUCUAUAAUGGGCGUUCGCGCUCUUGGCGAAACGGACUUAAACCCUGUGUCCGGCAUUUCCAAACUCACCCAACUCGUCUUCGCCCUCGUCACUCCGACAGGUACGACGCACGGCAAUCACGCAAUCAUAAUCAACCUCCUCGCCGGCGCCGUCAGCGAAGCAGGUGCCCUUCAAGCCGGCGACAUGCUCCAGGACCUCAAAGCGGGCCACCUCAUCGGUGCGAGCCCCAAAGCCCAGUUCUACGGGCAAAUGAUCGGCAGCCUGGUGGGUGCGUUUGUCUCGGCCGCCGUGUACAAGCUUUACGCCUCGGUGUAUCAAGUCCCCGGCGAACUGUUCGAGAUCCCCACGGCGUACGUCUGGAUUUUCACCGCCCGCCUCGUCACGGGCAAAGGUCUCCCACCCAUGGCGUGGCAAGUCGCACUCGUCUUCGGGGCCAUCUUCGUACUCACUACCUCGCUACGCAUCUACCUGCUCGCCUACAGCGAUGAGAAACCGUGGUGUCGUACCCUCCACUCCUGGAUCCCAGGGGGCAUCGCCGUCGCCGUGGGCAUGUACAACACGCCGAGCUUCACUCUCGCGAGGACCGUCGGCGGGGUCAUCAGUUAUUGGUGGAUCACGUGGAAACAGCGAGGCGAGACGAGGGUCAUUGUCCUCGCGAGCGGUCUGAUCCUGGGCGAAGGUGUCGUGAGUAUUCUCAACCUCGUCCUCGCGAGCGUUGGUGUACCGCAUUUGUGAUUGUCUGUACGUUGUACUCGGUACGUCAUACCCAGAACGAAACAGUCUUCUACGAGUACGAGUACAAUCUAGUACGGUCUACAAUCUACGAUCUACGCAGUACAUGUUCCGGACGGCCUCUGCCGAUGACUGUGGUUCCGAAAGACGUUGACACAUAAAAAAGGACGACGAUGAUGACGAUGAUGAUUUAUUCCCACGAUAUAUAUUAUAGAACAGCAUAGUAAAUUACAGUACCCGAUUCAUCUACCUAGAUAUCUAUGAUUAUGAUGAUGACUUUUGGAUUUUUGGAAGUCAUUACACGAGGAUUUACGCACGUAGAUACGUGUACACGC